AUACAUUAGUUUCAUACUCGUCCUAAUUGUUACAUUGAUAAUAAAUUCCAAUUUAUAAUUAUUUCAAAUAAUAGAAUUAUAAACAAUUUCAAAGUGUUUUGUCCUAUUCUGACAGAUUUGUUAGGGGGUUGAACGGUGGAGCAGGCCUGUAGGCGCUCCCCUCAACUAAACGAAGGGCCAGUGUGAUUAGAGCAGUCCUGUAGGCGCUCCCGCCGACCUGGAGUUUUCAGAAUAGCGGAUCCUGAAUAGAGCAGUCCUGUAGGCGCUCCGGAUCUUUUGAAAUGGAAAAGGACACGAACACCUCAGGACGAGUUAAUAAAAGAAGGCCCAAUAAAAGAAAACGCAGAGCCGGAAAAAGGGAAAGAGAAAAGAAAUUCCGUAAUAAAAUAUUAUACGAAAUACGAGAACAACUCCGGCUGGCUGAGGAAAACCGAAUUUCGAGUCACCCUGAAGGGCCUUGUUACUCUCCGCCGUCGCAAGCAUCCACAAUAGUGAUAUCGGAUGACGAGGAAACCCCUGAGAUACCGACUAUAGAUACAGAUACGGCAGUUAAAAUUAAUAAUCAUUACGAAUUCCCAACUGAAUUACUAGUCAGAUAUAUUCAGGAUUAUAAAAAGUACAUGCAAAACGUAGAAUAAAUUAUACUAUUUUUGGGGUGCAAUUAAAUAGAGGAUAAUAAAUAAAAUUGAUAUUUGUUAUAAAAUUUAUUCAGAAUUCCUAUUUAUAAAGCCCUUUCCAAAAAUCCAAUUCCAAGCACCUGUCGGGACGUGUAAGCGUCUACCGGGUGUCUCCGAGAAUUGGCGAACCCACAUUCCUGCCGGACGACCCAAUCCUAAUA